GUAUUUAGUGUCAUUGGUAGAGGUAAUUGGGUCAGUGGUAAGGGUAAGGUAAAACGAAAGUAGUAUACGCCGAGCUUCAGCAGAGCUGGAGCCGUGUUUCGGCCCUGCCUCCCUAUUUUACAUAGGCUACACACAACAGCAGUCAUACCUGAGAUCAUUAUCCACCUCCUGUCUUCUGGAGCGCACCUGUGAGGGAGCGGCGACACCCGGAUUUACGCGAUGCCCAAAGAGUAUAGCAGAUGGCUUAACUAAUUUACGAAAGACAGGCACGAAGUCGUCGACAUUUUUUUGUUACAUCGCACCAUGUCAAAAUCGUCUGAUCAGUUUGACAACUCAGAUUGCGUGUGUUCUUACGGAAUGAAGCUAACUUGGGACAUCAACGACCCCAAACUUCCACAGGAUACGAAGCAGUACGAUGCGUUUCAGGAGUGGACAGAUGGUUAUGUUCGGUACAUAUACAGUGCCGAAGACAAAAACGCGCAACGCCACUUGAGCGGCUGGGCCAUGCGCAACACCAACAACCACAACUGUCAAAUCCUGAAGAAGUCGUGCUUGGGCGUCGUGGUUUGCUCCAGAAACUGCACACUGGGAGACGGCACGAAACUACAACUGCGGCCUGCCAUUUGUGAUAAAGCCCGUCAGAAGCAGCAAAAAAAGCUUUGUCCAAACUGCAGCUCGGCUCUGGAGCUGGUCCCGUGUCGCGGCCACAGCGGUUAUCCAGUCACCAACUUCUGGAGAGUGGACGGGAAGGCCAUAUUUUUUCAGGCUAAAGGCGUUCAUGAUCAUCCACGACCCGAGAGCAAGUCGGAAACGGAGGCGAGGAGAAGCGCAGUAAAGAGAAGAAUGGCUUCCCCUCACUUUUCACAGAAAAGGAGACUUGUAGAACCAGAGCCUGGCCGCUACCACGAUAUGCCCUUUCCGAACAUCCACCAACUCACUAUGGAGACCCCAGAUCGCUUUAGCAUCAUUGCUGAAUCCAAUUUUCCAAUCCAGCCACAGCACUAUACAUCCUUUCAGAACACAGAGCCUUACAAGUUUCCCUAUGACACACAUGGUCCAACAGCCAUGACUGAUGCUGCAAGCCCUCUUCAGAAGCCUUCCAACCAUCGCCUGUACAUGGCAAGACCCCCGUGUGGAUAUGACUUUGCAGUCCCAGGCUACCUCAGUUCUGCACCCUACCCAACAUCACUGUAUAAAGACCCUGCAAGCCCUCACAAUGAGUCCGAACUCAAUAAAAGUUGUUCUGGGCUGAGUGGGAUGCCUCACACAACCAGCUCACUCCCAAACCAUGAGCGUUCUUAUUCAGAUUCCACCACCAAGCACCACAGCUGGAAGCAAAUCCUGGGCAAAGGGCCAUAUGGGGAGAGAGGAGAAUACCCACAGCUUCCUACCAAUACCAAUCACUAUUACAACACUGAAUAUCCAUGCAGGUACACAGGACCCACUCCAACUACUCCGACAGCUCUGCAGACAAUUAUUACCACCACUACCAAAGUGUCUUACCAGCCCUGUCCUAAACCAUCUGUGGUAAAAUAUGGUGACAGUCUCUAUGAUAUGAAGGGUCUGUCAAACUGUAACUCUCUCCUGGAAGAGGCCUCACCAAACUCCUACUCAGACCUUAAAAUCCCAGAGGAUUCAAGUGUCAUAAAAACAGCCCUGUCUUACCAGGAUGUGGUCCCCACAAAAAUUGAGAGAACUGAAAACUUUGAAGGAUACCGCUACAGCAGCUACACGUCCAACAGCUGCCCUGAGAGACUAGCACAUCCAUACAGGUAUGACAGUGGAGAGUAUUGAUUUAUUACUUCAGCACAAAUAAUCAGAAGACAAGAUGGAAUAAAGGAAAAAAAAAGACUAUGGUGCUGAUAAUGCGAGAAAGCUAAAGAAGACAUGGGUAAAAUGGUUAUCAUACUUUUCUUCAAUGUUUAUAUGCAUACUGUAGCUAUUUAUAAAUAGUAUUCCAACUUUUAGAUAUUUGUGUAGAUACCUGAUCCACAUUUGAUCAAAUGUGCAACACAAAACAUUUCAUGACACUGCCAUUUAUCCAUAUGUAAAAUGAUGAAUAAAAAUGCAUUUUGUAUGUUUGUAAAUUAUGAGUAGAGUCCUACAAGAAUCACAGUUAUGGUUUUGGUGUUGUAAAAAAAAGAAAAGAAAAAAAAAUUAUAAUUUGAACUCAAAUUAAAUGUGACACGACAUGAUCUAUAAUUAAAGCCUUAAAAUAA